AUGGAGGAUGGCGUUAUUUCGAAGCCGCAUAGGCUCAAGUACGACGUCUUCCUCAGCUUCCGAGGCGAAGACACCCGCGAUACCUUCGCAGGGCAUCUCUACGAGGCGCUCAAAAAGGAAGUCCGUGUCUUCCGCGACAACGAAGGUAUGGAGCGAGGGACUGAGAUCGAUCCGAGUCUCGUGGCAGCUAUGGAGGACUCGGCGGCCGCAGUCGUCGUCUUAUCCCCUAAUUACGCCAACUCUCACUGGUGCCUAGACGAAUUAGCAAAACUCUGCGAUCUGAGAUCGUGGCUUGAUCGGCCGAUCUUACCCAUCUUUUACAAGGUCGAUCCCUCGCAUGUCCGCAAACAGAGCCAUCUUAUAAAGAAGCAUUUCGAAGCACACGGCACGAGAUUUAGCGAGGAGGAGAUACAACGAUGGAGAGGAGCUAUGAAAUUAGUUGGAAACCUCGCCGGAUAUGUUUAUCGAGAUGAUGACUCUGUUGAUGAGGAUGAGAUGAUAAGGCUUGUGGUGAAGAAGGUUUUAGCUGAAGUGAACAAUACACCAGAGAAAGUUGGAGAAUACACGGUUGGUCUAGAGUCACGUAUCGAUGAUUUGAUGACUCUGGUCGACUUGAAAUCCAGCUCCGGCGUUCAGAUCCUGGGGCUUUACGGUAUGGGUGGUAUCGGGAAGACGACGCUUGCAAAACGCUUCUACAACAAGAUCGUCGAAAACUUCGAGGAGCACCGAGUUUUCGUCUCAGACGUUAGAGAAAGAUCAUCAGGCCACGAUGAUGAUGGCUUACUCAAUCUGCAAAAAUAUUUCAUCAAGGAACUUUUCCGUUUGGAUACUCAAAUAGAAGAUGUUAACGGUGGCAGGGACAAGAUAAGAGAAAGUGUUCAUGAGAAGAAGAUUCUUGUGGUUUUGGAUGAUGUUGACAACGUAGACCAGGUUGAUGCGCUCGUUGGUGAAAGAAGUUGGUAUGGUGAAGAAAGUGUUAUCAUCAUCACUACCAGAGAUGAAGAGAUUCUGAGUAAGCUCUCAGUGGAUCAAAGGUAUGAGGUCAGGUGCUUGACUGAGGAGCAGGCUUUGAAGUUGUUUAGUUACCAUUCGCUACGGAAAGAGAAACCAACAAAGAGUCUAAUGGAGUUGUCAAAGAAGAUUGUCGAGGUAUCGGGACACUUGCCACUGGCACUUGAAGUGUUUGGAUCUCUCUUGUAUGACAAGAAGGAGGAAAAAGAAUGGCGAACUCAACUGGAGAAGCUGAAGAACACCCAGCCAAGCAAUCUUCAAAAUGUUCUUGCUCUGAGUUUUGACUCUUUAGACGACGAAGAGAAGAUUGUGUUCAUGGACAUUGCGUGUCUCUUUGUGAAAAUGGAGAUAAAGAAAGAAGAAGUUAUCGACGUGCUGAAAGGAUGUGGGUUUAAUGGCGAGGCUGCUCUUAGUGUCCUUAGACAGAAGUCUCUUAUUAAGUUCUUGGCAGGGGAUACUAUUUGGAUGCAUGAUCAGAUUCGAGACUUGGGAAGGCAGAUAGACCUUAAAGAAACCCCUGGGGAUCUUAGAAUGCGAAGUAGACUAUGGGAUCGUGCUGAAAUUUUGACUGUAUUGAACAAUACGAAGGGAACAGCAUCCAUCCAAGGAAUCGUGUUGGACUUCAGAAAGAAGCUCGCGAGGGAUCCGAGUGCAGAGUACAUAGCGUUGAGGAAUGUAUAUGACAAUCCGGGCAUCAAGUCUUGUUUUAAAUACCUGAAGAGUAAAAUGUUGGGAUUUCCAGAAGAGGAAAAGCCAAAAAGUUCUGAAAUCACCAUUCCCGUUGAUCCUUUUGUGCGAAUGACGAAGCUGAGACUUCUUCAGAUUAAUCAUGUGGAGCUGGAAGGAAGUCUUAGUCUUCUUCCAUCUGAACUCAAGUGGUUACAGUGGAGAGGCUGCCCAUUAAAAGAUGUUCCACCUGUUUUUCUUGCUGGGCAAAUUGCUGUUCUUGAUCUUUCAGAGAGUGCAAUAAGACGAGUCCAGAGUUUGCACAUCAAAGGGGUCGAUGGGAAGUUGAAAGUUGUAAAUUUGCGUGGUUGCCAUAGCUUAGAAGCCAUUCCUGAUUUAUCAAACCAUAAAUCCCUAGAGAAGCUUAUCCUCCAGCGAUGCAUGCUUCUGGUGAACGUUCCUAGAUCAGUUGGUAAUUUGAAAACACUGCUUCACUUGGAUUUCAGAGACUGUUCAGAGCUUACUGAAUUUCUUGUGGAUGUUUCUGGACUGAAGAGUCUCGAGAAACUUUUCCUCUCUGGCUGUACAAAUCUGAGCGUGUUACCAGAAAACAUUGGUGCCAUGCCAUGUUUGAAAGAGCUUCUUCUUGAUGGAACUGCGAUAAAGAACUUGCCGGAAUCUGUUUACCGCCUCCAGAAACUCGAAAAGCUUAGUCUAAAGGGUUGUAAAUCUAUUCAAGAGCUACCUUCCUGCGUAGGUAUGUUGACAUCACUAGAAGAGCUAGAUCUUACUAGUACUGCAUUGCAAAAUCUUCCGAGUUCUAUCGGAAGUCUGAUAAAUCUCCAGAAGCUGCAUUUGAUGCAUUGCACAUCCCUUUCUAAGAUUCCUGACACUAUCAAUAAGCUCAAGUCAUUGAAGGAGUUGUUAAUCUAUGGAAGUGCGGUGGAGGAGCUACCUCUAAGCCUUGGCUCACUGCCAGGUUUGAUUGAUUUUUCAGCAGGAAGAUGCAAAAAUCUGAAACAGGUUCCGGUUUCAAUUGGUGGACUAAAUUCUCUUCUUGAACUUGAGUUGGAUUGGACCCCAAUCCAAACUCUACCAGAAGAGAUUGGUGGUUUACCCUUUAUUCGAAAACUUGUGUUGAGGAACUGCAAAUAUCUGAAGCAUCUACCUGAAUCAAUCGGAGAUAUGGACACACUCCAUAGCUUAUUCCUUGAAGGCUCCAACAUCGAGAAGCUGCCGAAAGAUUUUGGUAAGCUGGAGAACCUAGUCUUACUCCGAAUGAACAACUGCAAAAAGAUCAAGAGGCUUCCUGAAUCAUUUGGAGACUUGAAAUCACUUCACCAACUGUUCAUGAAGGAAACUUCGGUGGUAGAGCUGCCAGAAAGUUUUGGAAACCUCUCAAAUCUAAGGGUAUUGCUAAUGCUGAAGAAGCCUCUCUUUAGAAGUUUUGUGAGUGAAGAACCUAGUUUUGUAGAAGUGCCCGAGUCUUUCUCAAACCUCUUGAAGCUUGAAGAACUAGAUGCUCGUAGCUGGGGAAUAUGUGGUAAAAUCCCAGAUGCUUUUGAGAAGCUUUCCUCUCUGAGAUUACUGAAUCUGGGUAACAAUUAUUUUCAUGGCCUUCCUGCUAGCCUCAAGGGGUUAACUAAUCUCAGAGAACUUUUAUUGUAUGACUGCCAAGAGCUCACGUGUCUUCCCCCUCUUCCAUGUAAACUGGAGAAGCUAGACUUGGCAAACUGCUUUUCGUUGGAGAGUAUAUCAGAUCUUUCAGAGCUGGAGAUCUUGAAUGAGCUCAAUCUCACAAACUGUAAGAAAGUUGAUGAUAUUCCAGGGCUUGAGCACUUGAAGGCUCUGAAACGACUGUACAUGAGCGGCUGUAACUCUGACUGUUCCACUGAAGUAAAGAAAAGACUGUCCAAGGCUUCUUUGAAAAUGAUGGAGAAUCUGAGCUUACCUGGAAACAGAAUACCGGAAUGGUUCUCACAAGGCCCUGUCACUUACUCAGCUCAGCCGAACAGAGAGCUCAGAGGCAUAAUCCUUGCGGUUGUUGUUGCUCUUCACCAUGAUGAGCAGCUGGUACCUGAUGUGGUUGGGGUUAAAGUCCAAAUCCUCAAGCUUGAUUAUGCCAUAGUCAACCAAACAUUGCCCCUCUCUGGAGUGCCAAGAACGAGUGAUGACCAGCUCCACAUCUGCCGAUACUCGCAUCAUCACCCAAUGGUUCCAAUGUUGAAAGACGGGUACACCAUACAGGUGGUCAAACAAGAACUGGCAAUCAAACAAGACUCUGAGCUAAAGAUUCAUGGGAUCCAUCUGGUUUACGAGGGGGAUGAUGAUGUACAAGGAAAUGAAGAUUCAUUGAACGAGACGCAGCAAACAGUUUCUCAGAGACUUGCCAAUUUCUUCCGCUCUUUCGAAGAAAGUGAAGCCAGCUCAGAAGGUGACUUAACUGUUACAUGA